CAAGCAAACCCCCACGGAUCUCACCCUCUCACAACGGUUUGUCAAAAUGGAAAACAUAGCUUAUAAUCUGUUUUGUCAUCAGACCAAACAUUUGUUUUCAACAUAAAUUCAGUAUUUUUUUAGUAAAUUACAUUUGUUCCGACUACAGACAUCAUGUUUCCGAUUAUCAAUUCUACUGCCUGUCGAAUAUGUUUCGACACAGCCGAUUCCGUUCAAUCUCUUGCCGAUAUCGUGGAAGGAAAUUCGCUGGCCGAUAUGUUACGAUAUUGUGUUAAUCUGGAGAUUGACCAAAACGAUGGAUUGCCCUAUCAAUGCUGCAUAAGGUGCAAACAGGAUCUGGUAGUGGCAUAUCAGCUAGUGACUCGAUGCCAUCAAUCCGACAGCAAGUUUCGGGAAAUGCUGGAAGUGAAAUUCAAGCGAAGAUCGCCGGUUGACAAUGAUUUGAUGCCACCGUUAACAGAGGACGACAUUAAGAUCGAACUUGAUGUUGAUGAAGAGCAAAUUUAUGCUGAACCUUUGUUUCAGGAUAUGGACCUGGAUUCCAAAUCCGAUGUGAAAAAGGAAAAAAAUGAUGGUACGGAUAAUAAAGCAGCAGAUGCUAAAAAAGAUUCUAGCGAUGAUGAGGAUCAAGAGGAAGACGAGGAGGGGGACGAAGAUGACGUUUCAAACGAUGAAGUAGCCUUCGAUGAAAAUGAGGAUGAUAAGGAAGAUUCACCCAAGAAAAAGAGUAAAAAUCCGGAACGAUGUUGUCGUUGCAGGGCGAGGUUAACUACAAUGGAGGCAAUCGUCGAACAUUCACAAACGGUUCACCUGAUCAAACGGUGCACAGAUCUAGACAAAAUAAAAGCUAAACCUUUUGAAUGCGAUCUGUGCUUUAAACGGUACAGCAAUAGGAAGGCUUUGCGCAAGCACAAGUUACUGCUUUUCGUGAAAGGUCGGUUCCAAUGCGAUGAAUGUGGUCAGACCUUCCGACUGGAACGAACUCUAUUACGACACAAAGAUAUCCACAAAAAUGUGAUUCAACCGUACAGUGGACGCAGGGAUCAACUUCCUCGAUGCUGCGCUUGCUACGAACAGUUUGACACAGAUGAGCUUCUGAAGAAACAUGCAGACGAGUCCCAUCCGCCGGAUUUGGAAUCUGCGGAUGAUCCGAACAAGCCAUUCCCAUGUGACGUAUGCCACCGACGAUACAAGAACUUGCGUAUCUUGAAGGACCAUCAGAUGAAACCAUACCGAACCACACAAUACCAAUGUGCUACUUGCGGGCGUACAUUCAAAGAAAAAUGCGCCUUGGCAGAUCAUGAACGAUCCCAUCGAGAGGAGAAAUCCUUUAUUUGCCCGGUAUGCUCGAAAUCUUUCGCCAUGAGAGAUUCGUAUCGGAAACACGUAAAGGCCCAUUCUUUAGCCGAGGAUCGGUUCAAGUGCGAAAUUUGCGGCAAGGGAUUUAAGGCAAAAGCUAAUCUUAAGUGUCACCUCAUUACGCACAAUCCUCAACAUCGGCCGAUACAGUGUACGCUCUGUCCGGCAAACUUCGCUCGGAAGAUAUGCCUGCAGGCGCACAUGAAACUGCAUACUGGCGAAAAAUCUCACAAGUGCGAUCAGUGCGGUGCCGCGUACACGUUCGCUACCGAUCUGAAGCGACAUAUUAUGGCUCACAAUGGCAUCAAGCCGCACGUGUGCACCAUCUGCGGUCGCGGAUAUCCCAGGAAGGAUUACCUCCGGAAGCACAUGGCGAAUCACGAUCAGCGGCGACUUGAGGGAAAUAGUUUAGUUUGAUCGACGCAUUUCGAUGGUGUAUUAUGAUCAGCUUAUCACACAACCUAUACGUACUGGAAAUUUGAAGUCACAAAGUUGCAAAAAGAUGUCUGUUAUAUCUAUUAUUUGUAUAUUUAAUUAAAUGGUACUUCUUAUAAAAUGGAAUAUACACUUUGUAAUAAACUUGAAUUGAGAACAAAACAAAAGCAAACAAAGCGUUUUUUUUUAUCAGAUUCUGACCCUUUUGCUUCCAAUGAAAUCGGCCAUAAAGGUG